UCCAAGAGAACACCAAAACAAACACUACGUAGCUCAAGCUCUCUCCCAAGCCGCCGCCUGCGACUGUACCUCCGGCGAGAAACCAUCGCAGAGAGAGAGAGAGAGAGAGAGAGAGAGAGAGAGAGACGGCGUCUGCGUGGCCUGAGAAGGAGACGGGAGCUGCGGGUACGAAGCUGGAUCUGAGCGACGGCCUCUCCGACAGGCGACCAGCGUAUGUCUCCGCUCUAGAGUUUCUCUCAAUCCCUUAUUUAACUUCUCCAAAUCGUCGAAAACCACACUUUGUCUGGAAGAUUUUCCGUAAAAUCGAGGAAAAAUUCGAUCUUGGAAGCGAUCUCCAGGUUUCUCUCGAUUCUUUUGGGUAAGAAAUCGUGGGAACGUAGGGUUUUUGUGCUCAAUAACGUGUCGAGGAUCGUAAAGAUUCCGUCGUUGAAUGCAAGAUCGUAGAUUUAUGCGACCCUUGAUCGUGCCUCGACUCGGAAUUGUAUGUAAGGCUUGUAUUCUGCAGAAUCAUUAGUAUUUAGUGCUGUGGAAUAGAAAUAAGGUCACUCAAUGAAUAACAAUAGUGGGAUUAAAAAUACUGUAUUUGGGAAUCCUGGGGUAGUCCACCAGCAGCCGGCCAAUCUCCGUCCGCAGUCGCAACCUCAAACGCAUGGCGGGUCUCAUUUUCCCGGCCACUUCAAGUUGUCCGAGCCCCAAGCUCAUGUGCUUGCUCAGGGGCAUGCGCAACCGCAAGCCCCCCAUGCCAAAUUCCAAGCUCAGUUUCAGAAUCACAAUGCCGGUAAUGCUGGCGCUAGCAAUGUCAAUACAUCUUUACCGUCUGUUGCUACGCCUGGUACUGGAAGUGGUAAGCGCACCGGUCAGAAGCCGCCUUCUCGGCCUCCAGGGUCGUCCAAUGUUGCCGCUGCUUCGCUGUUGAAAACGAUGGAGUUAACUCCAGCCGGUCCUAGGAAGAAGAGGAAGCUUCCUGAGAACCAACUGCCCGGUAAGGUGGCUGCACUGUUGCCUGAAUCUGCCAUCUACACUCAAUUGCUUGAAUAUGAGGCAAGAGUGGACGCCCUUUUGUCAAGGAAGAAGAUUGAAAUUCAAGAGGCACUUAAGAACCCUUCCCGCUUUCAGAAAACGCUUAGGAUAUAUGUUUUCAACACAUUUUCGAAUCAAACUCCAACGACUUCAGAGAAGACAGAUGUAGAGUCACCAUCAUGGUCGCUUAAGAUUAUUGGAAGGAUAUUAGAGGAUGGUAAAGAUCCUGUUGUGGGUGGAAUGAUUCAGAAGGCAGGUCUGUCGAACCCCAAAUUUUCGUCUUUCUUCAAGAAAAUUACCAUUUACUUGGACCAAAGUCUCUAUCCAGAUAACCAUGUAAUCUUAUGGGAUAGUGAGAGGUCUCCUUCUCUGCAUGAGGGAUUUGAGGUCAAAAGAAAUGGGGACAAGGAAUUCACUGUGCAUAUAAGAUUAGACAUGAACUACGUGCCUGAAAAGUUCAAGCUUUCACCUGCUUUAUCAGAUGUUGUUGGUCUUGAUGUAUCUACACGGCCUAGAGUUUUGGAAGCAAUUUGGCACUAUGUUAAGACCAGGAACCUGCAGAGCUCAGGUGAUCCAUCCUUCUUCAUGUGUGAUCCGCCACUUCAAAAAGUAUUUGGAGACGAGAAGAUGAAGUUUGUCAUGGUUCCGCAGAAGUUGUCGCAGCACUUGACUCCUCCACAACCCAUUCACUUGGAGCACAGGAUCAAGCUUUCUGGUAGUUCUCCUGCCGGAACUACUUGUUGUGAUGUGAUGAUGGAUUUGCCUAUCCCAUUGGACAAGGAAAUGUCUGCAUUUUUGGCAAACAUCGAGAAGCAUCAUGAGAUUGAUUCUUGUGACGAUAAGAUCAUUUCCGCAAUAAAAGAUAUCCAUAGCCAUCGGCAGAGACGCUCAUUCUUUCUUGGGUUCAGUCAGUCACCGGCAGAAUUCGUCAAUGCGUUGAUUGCUUCUCAAAGCAGAGACUUGAAGCUUUCGGCGGGAGAUGCGAGCCAUAUUGUGGACAAAGAACAUCAUCCUGACUUCUAUAACCAAUCUUGGGUUGAGGAUGCUGUCAUUCGUUAUUUGAACCGCAAGUCUGCUGUAACUGACACUCCUGGAAGCAGCUGAGCCAUAUAGGAUUUUCUUGUCUUGAUAUAUCAAUGAAGUAGCUGCAGACAUGUCUAGAGAGAGAGAGAGAGAUUAUGUGGACUACAACGUGCCCGGCAGGGAUGAUUCUAUAUAUUCGAGAAGGCAUUGCCUUGUGGUUUGCUUUGCUGUUGCACCCUGAUUUAUGGAUCUCCCGGAUUAGGAUUUAGACAAACAAUAAUUUUGUCUGAGCAUCUUGUAAUGAAAUCUUUGUUCUUAGAAGAAAGGCGAGUUCAUGCGCCUGCAGUGCAUAUUGCACUUUUAAACAGAAUUGCAGACUUGCGGUGCAUGGAUGAAUUGAAUUAUGUGAAUUGGUCCUGCCAA